AUUUUUGCUGGAUUAUGCGGCAAAAGAAAUUCUGCCAAAGUUAGUCAAUCGUCAUCACUCGUCCCAGUUCAUUGUUUGUCGCGCGCCUUCAACACAUGUGAGUCAUGGCGGAUUGGGACGACGAAGGCUUUGAGCCUGGUGAAAUCGAGGAAAAGAAGGGCGAUGCAUGGGCAGGCGAAGAUGAAGACGAUGAUGAAUUGAAAGAAAAUUGGGAUGAUGAGGAAGAGGAGAAUGAUAAACUGGCCGAAAGUCAAACAGAACCGAAAGCUGUUGUUGUGGUUAAAAAGAAAAAGUCGACAGUGAAACAAAAAAUAUUGGAGAAAGAGGAAAAAAGGAGAGAAGAAAUGUUGAGAAAGGCUGAAAUGAGAGAACAGGAAGGAGAAGAUGACGAAGAUGACGAGGAAUCGAUUUUUUCUUCGCUGGAAGAUAAAUUAGCAAAACAAAAAUUAGUAGAGGAGUCGGAUUUACAGGUUGCAAAGGAUUUAUUUGGAGGUGAUGCUAUUACUGAAGGAGGGAAAAAAACUAUAGAUACAUUUAAACCUACAAGUAAAGAAGAAUUUAGUGAAUUAGCAAAAAUGUUGACAGAAAAAUUAUCAGAAUUUGAGUCUUCUGUCGAAUACCCAGGAUUUUUAGAAGUUUUAUUAAGAGACCUUGCAAGUGGAAUGGAAGUGGAAGAUGUUAAAAAGCUAGCAAAUGCUUUAAAUGCCUUAGCGACAGAAAAACAAAAAGCCCAAAAGCCUGUUAAAGGCAAGAAAAAGGGCCGAAAAGCUGUGUUGGGUGGAAGUGUCAAAGGAACCAAGGGUGUCGAUGUAGAAGAUUAUUCAACAUAUAGAGAUGAAUUUGAUGAUUUCAUGUAGCGAAUAUACAGAUAUAUAGUCAUAUAUUUUUCAUGGAAACAAGAAUAUGACAUUGGAGAGGGUUCCCGGCCAAUAUUUAUUACGAAUGGUCAUGCAUUCCUAGAAAUGUACCGUAAAUCCUCCAAUACGGAUAACUCUAAUACAACUACCCCUGACACGCCCUUUUUCUCCAGGGGCCAGUUGUAUCAAAGCUGGAUAGCGCUAUCCACCGUAUAGUAAAAUCGCCCGUUGUUGGGUAUAACUUUGUAUUAAAUUUAAAUCUUAGUAUUCCUAAAUUGAGGAACCUCUUAUAUUAUUGCUAUUGAAGCACUUUAGAAGGUUUGCGGUGGAUAGCGCUAUCAGGCUUUCACACAACCGGCUCCAGAUCAUUCCUCCCUAUAUAUAAAAGAAAAAUAUUUCUCAAAGUAAGAUUAGUUGAAAAUUCAUGAUAUAAGUUAGAUAGGUCUCAAUGAACUCAAAUAAGUCCCAAAAACUGGCAGGUGAGGGGUAGUUGAUUAUUGAGGAUUUUGGUAUUAAAUGUCAAAUCAUAAAGGUGAUGUCCAGUCGUGUUUUGGGCGUCGGUUCUGCUCGCCGUAACAAUGCAGGUCCCGCAAAUUUAAAAUUUGCCUCAAUUCUUGCCCUAAUUCACAAAUGAUUUUUUGGACACGAACUCUACCUCGUAUUUAGUUAAACCCAUAGCGAACCAGUUAUGUGUGAGGUACGCAUGCAUUUGAUAUGUAAACAAACGUGUAAACAAAGUGUUUGUUUACAUUACGACUGGACAUUACCUUUAUAAGUUAAAGAGUCAGCAUACAUGGUUUGUGAAUAAUUAUUAGGGAAUUUGACAAUUGACUGAUGUGGUCAAUAGAAAACAAUUAUAGAAAAAGUUGAACAAUAAUUGAAUGUAUUCGUGUAUGAGCAAGGAGCACUACUAAUCCAGAUAAUUUGUAUUCAUGCUUGGAUUAGGACCAGAUAUUAUUUCAGGUAAUAAUUUCGUGUCCGGAAUCCACGAAUAUAAUCCUUGAUUCUAAUCCUUGGGCAGGUUGUAUCAAGUCCGUUUAGCUUAAACAGUGGUUAGAAUAGCAUGCAAGCAUGUCUAUCGUUUUAUUCAACAAGCAAACAAAAUGUUUUUAAGCUUAAUACAAAGAUAGCCCAGUGUUU